AUGGUCGUCGCGACGGGUUGUGUGCAGGAGAUGGUCGUCAUCACUGGCACCGGAGAUGGGCAAGCAAGAACAACAGAUAGUACCGCGAAAAAACUCUAUCUCAUUUCACCCCUCAUCCCACCCACAUCCUAUAUAAUAUAUAUACAACCUCUCAUCGUGCGACAUACCACGCUCACAUUGAGUGCCGCCAUGGAUUAUUCAUUGAGCUUUUCGACCUCAAAUUCUUUCUCUAGACCAGACCUAGACCUUUCCAAAUGGAUCGAUAGUUUGCGAAAAACCAUGGAAGACGACGAUGAAGAAACCACCAAUACUGACGUCUGUAUCUUCACUGUACCCAAAAUCCUACUCGACACCGACCCCGAUUCCUACAUCCCUGAACAAGUCGCCUUAGGUCCCUUCCACCAGUGGCGCCACCAUGUCUACAAUAUGCAGAAAUACAAGCUCGCAGCCGCGAGAAAGACCCAGAAACGAAGGAACGUCAAAUUUGAACAAAUCGUGGAGGUGUUGAAGGAAGACGAUGAAGCCAGAAUCCGAGCUUGCUACCAUAAGUUUCUGGAUAUGGAUGGCGAUACCCUGGCGUGGAUGAUGGCCGUGGAUAUGGUGUUUUUGCUCGAGUUUCUUCAGGUUUACUACAUGAGGAAAGAGGGCGGUGGCUGGAGUAUGGAUAUUGGUUCGAGAUUGGCGAGUGUGGUUGACGUGUCUGGGAAGAAACUGUCUCACACGGCGAUUCUCAGGGACGUGGUGAAGCUCGAGAAUCAGAUCCCAUUGUUUCUGAUCAAAACGAUGAUGGAACAUGAUCGGAUUUCUGAUAAAUCCGCGGAGGAGACUCUCCGGAUCAUGCUGAUGGCGCUGCACGACGAGCUUUCUCCAUUCCAGUAUCAACAUCAGCCCCCUUGUGUUGCAAUCGAUGACUGUGAUCACCUGCUAGAUUUUCUGUACCACAUGACUGUGCCUAAUGAUAAGGAGCUAGGGACCUCCAUGGACGACGUCCAUCUCGCAACAAUCAAUAUUGAUGCCACCGGAGAAAGAGACGGAGAUGCCGGAGAAAAUGAAUCUUUUGCAAAACCAACUCAUUUUAAACAGUUUCUUGGUUCCAUUUGGAAGAUUAUCAAGAAUGCAAUCUUCGGUUUCCUAAGAAUUGUCAAGAAGAUAAUCUCCUCAAGACUGAUAAUACUCGUAGUGAAAUUGCCAUGGAUGAUUAUAUCUCGGCUUCCCGUCCUCAAACACUUCAAAGAACCAGUUGAAAACAUAUUGGCAAAUCUCCAAGGUGAAACAACGGAGAAUCCAGAGGAAGAAACCAAUGAAUUGAACCCACCAUUAAUCGAACAAAUCACGAUCCCUUCAGUCACAAAAAUGGCCAAAGCCGGGUUUUUUUUCUCACCCGUUAAUGGCAAGAUCUCUGAAAUUCGCUUUAACGAGAAAACGAGCACCCUUUACCUCCCCGUGGUCCAUUUGGACGUGAACACGGAGGUGUAUUUGAGAAACUUGGUUGCAUACGAAGCUUGUGUUGCAUCAGGACCUUUAGUCAUGGCUCGUUACACCGAGUUGAUGAACGGGAUCAUCGACACCAAAGAAGAUGCAAAGGUUUUGAUGGAUUGCAAGAUAGUUUUUAACCAUUUGAAGAGUGAAAAAGAGGUUGCAGAUUUGUGGAAUGGGAUGAGUAAGUGUGUGAAGAUGACCAAAGUUCCAUUCUUGGAUAAAGUUAUUGAAGAAGUUAACAAGAGGUAUAAUCGAACAUGGAGGGUGAAAUUGGGGAAGUUCAUGACCAAAUAUGUGUUUGGAUCUUGGAAGUUUUUGACAUUGUUGGCCGCUGUGUUUUUGUUGUUCUUGUCGACGGUUCAAACCAUCUGCUCGGUCUAUAGCUGCAAUCGUGUGCUCCAACGUUUUCCCGAGCUCGAUGAGCCACAAUAGCAAGCAACCUCAACCUACUGCAACAACAUGGGUCUUUUAGGUGGUCCAAAUGUUAUAGAACAUCCUUAUAGGGUACUUAAAAAUGAGGCAUGAGUUUUAUGUUCAACAAUUAUGCACUCUUAUAUUGAUUAUAAUAGCUAUGUUUAGCUUCUGCA